AUGUCCACGAUAUCUGAGUCGACGCGCCCAGGUACGGACACGACGUUGGCGAAGCACGACCUGCCGUUCGCAAGCGUCGCCAUCGCGCAGUACCACAAGAUCCAGGAGAAGCUGGCCUCGAACAACAUCUUCUGCAUCCUGCGCUCGCCCGCCCCGAUCCGCGUGUGGGUGUACCGCUCGCUGCUGGCGGAGAAUCGGCUGUGGAAUGAAUGCGACCGCCCCGCCGUGAGCGCAACCAUGGACAAGGACAAGGACAAGGAGUCACGGGACGACGGCAGCAUCGACGACACGGAGAGUCUGCGAGACUCGGAGGCGGACAGCGUGAAUGGCGCACGCGCGAGACCCCAUCUCACGCGCCUGAGACUUGCGCUGGCGCCGUACUGCGUGCACUUCAACAACCCGGGGUACAUCCGCGAUGAUACGCUGCGCAUGCUGGAGCGGGACGUGGUCAAGAAGACGCUGGAGGAGACGAGGAAGAGCCUCGAGAUGCGCGAGGAGCUGGGCCUGUCCUGGGAAUUCUGGGACUCGCUGGCCGAGGUGCUCAAGGUCGCCAUCCCCUCGCUGGAGCGCCGCUGUUUUGCUGCCCCGGACCCCGCCGCGCCUGAGUACGAGGGCUUGUCGGGGCCGCUGAUUGCCAGCUAUUCGCCGAGUUUGCUGCGAGAUCUCGAGCGGCUGAACCAGCUCGUGUGCAUUGCGCGCAACGUACAGGUCCAUGGCGAAAAGGUGCAGAAUCUCAGCGCCGAGAGGCUGUUCGACAAGGACAUCUUCGCCCUCAUCAAUGUCUGCGUCAGAGUCACAGCAAGGGGCUACGACGGCGAAGCCGGCACCCAGGACGAAGACAAGUGGCAGGGCGUCAUCAACGCGUACAAGAAGCUGCUCAUCACCUGUCUGCAGUUCCUCAACAACCUCAUCGCCCGCAACGAGCAACGGAAGCUGAUGUUGUGGAUCGAGCUCUUCGACAGCCAUCUCGACAACGAGCUGCCCAACUUUGCCGACAUGAAGUACAAGCUGGACGAGUUCAAUCAGCAGGAACCAACCUGGCAGCCAGACACUCCAGAUCCCAUGGCCCGGCCGUCGCGAAGUCUGGAAACGUUCAAGAUCCCCCAGCAGCCUGCGUCGUCGCCGUUUCUGCUCUACAUUGGUGAGACUGGCAACGAUGUCAAGAAGGCGCUGCAACAGCACGGCGUCAAGGCUGGGGCCAACGAGAUUGCUGCCGAGUGUAGGCGGCGGUGGCAGACGAUGAGCGAGGAAGAGAAGAACAAAUGGAACAUGCUCUAUGCCGACGUCGUGGCCAGAUAUCGCGAUCAAAUUACACAGUCGAGCACAUACAAGAAGGUGGUCGACCAGCACGCCAAGAACGAAGAGAGCGUGCAGGCGCUUGCAAAGAGCAUCAACCAGUUGCAGGUCGAGGUCGAUCGGAUGCGCUCAUCCAUCAGCACUUCUCCCGAAAGCACAUCGCACGAACAGGCUUCACCCGCCGCAGAAGCCAAACAGCCCGCAAGACCAGCGCCAGAUGACUCGUUGCUCGACCCCAGCAUCAAGCCGUCUUCCCCGGCAGGUGAGAUCGAUUUCCGUGUCACCUACCCGCCAUCCUUUGGAGCAGAAAUCCUGCAGAAUGGCAAGGAAGAUCUCUUGAAGCGUCUGGAGCCAGACCCAGACCGUCCAUCAGGGCUAAUCAGUCAUGUAGCCUCUCCAACCUCUCCUCUGCCAGAGGAUGACGACGACAAUGAUGACGACUAUGACGACAUCCCUGGCGAUGAGGGACGGGGCUUGCUCACUGAUGUGCCGCUGAUUCUUGGACCGACAGAGAUUGAGGUCUUGCCUAUGAUCAUCAUGGCAGGUAUCGUGGAGCCGCAGGAAGGCCAGCCAGGCUAUCACUCCGACCCAACCGUGUUUAGCAGUGUGCGAAGCAUGCAUGGCGUUCGAUGUCAUUUGUUGCUUGCACAGGACAAUGGACGGAAUCUGUUGCGUGAGCUGUUGAUCUUUGUUGCCGCAUGGGACUUGAGGGAAGAAGAACUCUACUUCAAGUUCAUGGUCAAGAUCAUGGAAGCCAUACUGGCGAAUCAGCUGCUGCCCUUCGCCUACCAUGCUUUCCGCGAGUCCGAGUCGAAAGAUAUCAUCUCGCCGGCCCAAGCGGUUAUCAUGAAGCUACUCACAAACAUCUUCCGCGCGAGGCAGGCACGCGCACAACCUACGAAAGGCCUAAUCAGACCCAACCCCCCACAAGUCGACCAAGGCGACGUUCACAUGGUUAAUUUCCUACUCACCGAAUUCAGGAGACAUAUUAUACCACAAACUUGCGCACUAAUAUUCCUGCAAGGUCAGAUCCGCGCUGGUCAUGCGCACGCCGAGGACUUCCCCCUGAACCUCUGGGAUAUGGAACGGAUGUACGAGGGUGUCUAUCAAUACCUUGAGUUCUUCGCCAUUCUUACAGAGCAUGAAACAUGGAAGAGGAUGUUGAGCAACUGGGAGAUUGCCAACGAGCUGGUAACACUAUUGAAGGAGCUAGAUGCAGCGAUACCGAAAGGCAAUUUGUCCGUGCCGCCACUCAAGAACACUAACCAACCUGCUCCGCCACCACCGCAGCAACAACAAGAAGAAGAACCUCAAUUCGAACAAGGCAACGCUUCUGUACAGCACCCGCAGCCCCAAACACCACAGCCCGUCGCAGUCGAGCGUCCUUACGAUACGACAGCCGCAGCCGCCGAGCCCUACAUCCCUCCUCCCACCUCACCAUCACCGCGCCCAUACAUGGACGAAGCUGCUGACGAGCCCUCGGACUUUGAAUGGCGAAAUUUGAAGAAGCUCGCUGUGCUUGUUCUCAGCUCUCUAGUUUGGAAAAAUAAGCACGUACAAGACCAAAUCCGGCCCCUCGGUGGCAUCGAAGCUGUUCUGAAUUGUUGUUCCUAUGAUGAGCACAAUCCGUACAUUCGGGAACACGCCAUCAUGUGUCUGCGCUUCCUCAUGGAAGGAAACAAAGAGAACCAAGACCGCAUACGCGCGCUCGAAAAACACACACAGGAGAAGUCGUCCCAGUCUCAAUCCAAAGCCUCGUCGUCGGAAUCCGUGCGACCCGUCAACGUCCGCGUCCCCGACGAAGUCCUCGACCAACAAGGGUACGAAACAUACAUGGACAACAAGGGUCAGGUCAUGCUGAGAAAAAGGCAACCACCACAGACCCAAACGCCAGUACAAAAAGGGAAAGCAAAGGCUAAUUUUGACCCAGCGAUGAGGGAUCCGAAGGCGUUGGAAGACCUGGUUCAGCAAGUUAUGCGAGAUUUACCCAGGGUGCAAGGGCUAGGUGGUGAGAGGGCGAGUGAGGCAGAGGAGGCGUUGAAGAAGCUUGAUAGGGGAUUUGAUGGGGGUGGGAAAGGGUGA